AUGAGGAAAGCCACCUUCCUGGAACUGUGUGCGGAGCUCGCCCCAGCCCUGCGCUGCAAGGACACCCAAAUGAGAGCUGCCCUCUCGGUGGAGAAGCUCAUGGCAAUCGCAGUGUGGAAGCUGCCGACUCCAGACUACUACUGUGAUGGGACGGUGAGUGAGACGAGGGAGCAGAAUCCUAAAGAGGAAGAUACUGAACAAGUGGAACUGCACAGGGCAUCAUCACAAAGAUCCAAACGGAAUGUGCCUGGGAAUUGUGAGCAGGGAAAAGGUUAUGGGCAUCAGCAGAGGCCAGAGCAGCAGCCGGGAAACCAGACAGAGGAAAGAGUGGGUAAAUCCAUUAAUUGUUGGGAAACUCACAAAGAUGUCAAGGGAACCCCAGCCCAGCAGAGAAUCCUCAGGGGAAAGAGAAACAACCCAGGCACUGAGUGUGGGAAAAAUGUCAGUAGAUGCUCAGACCUUAUUAACCAUGAGAGAAUCCAGACAGGAGAGAAACCCUAUGAAUGCUGUGAGUGUGGGAAAAACUUCACUCAGCGCUCAGCCCUUAUUAGACAUCAAAGAAUCCACAUGGAAGAGAGCCCCUAUGGAUGCUGUGAGUGUGGGAAAAAAUUUUCUGAUAGCUCAUCCCUUAUUCAACAUCAGAGAAUUCACACGGGAGAGAGACCCUAUGAAUGCUGUGAGUGCAGGAAAAGCUUCGCUCAGAGAUCAACCCUUAUGACACAUCAGAGAAUCCACACAGGAGGGCGGCCCUAUGAAUGCUGUGAGUGUGGGAAAAGCUUCACUCAGAGAUCAACCCUUAUUCAACAUCAGAGAAUCCACACAGGGGAGAAACCCUAUGAAUGCUGUGAGUGUGAGAAAAGCUUCACUCAGAGAUCAACCCUUAUUACACAUCAGAGAAUCCACACAGGAGGGCGGCCCUAUGAAUGCUGUGAGUGUGGGAAAAGCUUCACUCAGAGAUCAACCCUUAUUCACCAUCAGAGAAUCCACACAGGGGAGAGACCCUACGAAUGCUGUGAGUGUGGAAAAAACUUCACUAACAGCUCAGCCCUUAUUACACAUCAGAGAAUUCACACAGGAGAGAGGCCCUAUAAAUGCUGUGAGUGCAGGAAAAUUUUCACUAACAGCUCAGCCCUUAUUAAGCAUCAGAGAAUCCACACAGGGGAGCGACCCUAUGAAUGCUGUGAGUGUGGGAAAAGUUUCACUCAGAGCUCAGACCUUCUUAUACAUAAGAGAAUCCACACAGGAGAAAGACCCUAUAAAUGCAGUGACUGUGGGAAAAGCUUCACGAAGAGAUCAGUCCUUAUUGCGCAUCAGAGAAUCCAUACGGGGGAGAGACCUAUGAAUGCUGUGAGUGUGGGAAAAGCUUCACUCAGAGCUCUGACCUUAUUAUACAUGAAAGAAUCCACACAGGAGAAAGACCCUAUAAAUGCACUUUUCGGCAGCAUUUCGGUGGCUGCUUGUCCGGUGGCCAGUAGGCGGGCGCACGUAGAUGCCCCGGCGGGCGCCAUGGUGCCCGUGGGCACCGCAUUGGGGACCCCUGUCUUAGAUGAUCCAGGAAGAAAGUUCCACAGUAUGUGA